AUCAGAAAUGGCACCACUCAGAAACCCCAACCAACCAAACCCUCGCCGCCGUCGGCCAUGGACGACCAGACCUUUCUCGCCGCCUCCGACGGCGUCGACCGCAUGAGCUCUCUCCCCCACGAGAUCCGUUGCCGAAUCGUCUCCUGCCUCCCCAUGAGGGAAGCCGCGCGCACCGCCGCCCUCUCCUCACGCUGGCGAAAUAUCUGGCGGCUCCUACUGAUCAACAAACUCUCGCCGCCGUCGGCCAUGGAUGGGCGGAGACAGUUCACCAACAUGGAGCCCUCGGCCCAGGCCGACUUGCGGCGCAAGAGCUGCGACCCGCCCGCCCUCGCCGCCUCCGACGAUGUCCUGGUCGCCAAAAUCUCGCCUUUCACCAACAUGGAGCCCGCGGCGGAGGCGGACCUGCGGCGCAAGAGCCGCGAGCCGCCCGUCCUCGCCGCCUCCGACGACGUCCUGGUCGCCAAACUCUCGCCGUUCACCAACAUGGAGCCCGCGGCGGAGGCGGACCUGCGGCGCAAGAGCUGCGAGCCGCCUGUCCUCGCCGCCUCCGACGACGUCCUGGUCGCCAAACUAUCGCCGUUCACCAACUUGGACCCCGCGGCGGAGGCGGACCUGCGGCGCAAGGGCUCUGACCCGCCCGUCCUCGCCCCCUCCGACGACGACCUGGUCACGAAAUUAUCGCCGUUCACCAACUUGGACCCCGAGUCGGCGGCCCACCUGCGGCGCAAGGGCUGCGACCCGCACAAGGUGGACCAAGCCACGGAGUACACGCUACGGAACAUCUACUCCAACCUCCCCAAGUUUCCUGUUGACGACGCCCGGCGGCUUCCGCCCGUCCUCGCCUCCACCGACGGCGUCGACCACAUGAGCCGUCUCUCUUGCCAGCUCCGGCGCGAAAUUGUCUCCCGCCUCCCCAUCAAGGACGCCGCGCGCACCGCUGUCCUCUCCACACUCUGGCGAGCGAUCUGGCUCAGCACACCGCUCAUCCUGAUGGACGCCCACCUCCUGCCCGAAAGGCAAGGCAUCUGCCCCACCCCAGCCGCCAUCAUCGCCGCCGUCUCCAGCAUCCUCGAAGCUCACCCGGGGCCCUUCAGAUGCGUCCACCUCAUCUGCUGCAAUAUGAAUUCGUGCCUUCCCCAGCUCGCGCGCUGGCUACAGCUCCUCGCCGCCAAGGGCGUCCAAGAGCUCGUCCUGGUCAACCACAAGUGGCUGCACCAGGUGCCCCUCCCCGCCACUUUCUUCAGCAUCACCACCCUUACCCGCCUCUACCUUGGCCAAUGGAAGUUGCCUCAUAUUUCCGCCCUGCGUGGUGUCCUCUUUCCCGAACUCCGCGAACUCGGCAUCUGCUGCGUCCGCAUGGACCACCAUCGUGAAGCUGACUACCUCAUCGCCAGGUGCAUCAAACUGGAAAUCCUCAACAUCCUGGGAGUCGUGGAAGGGUUGCGUCUCCACCUAGUCAGCCCGACCCUCCGGUGCGUGCAAAUUUGCUUUUCGAUGAUGGAUGACUUUGCAGUGGUGAAGGCUCCACGCCUCGAGCGGCUCGUCCUGUAUCGAUGCAGAGCACCACGAGGUUUCUGCACCCGAGUUAGGAUUGGCGAUGCUCCCAGGCUGAACUCAUUUGGAUUCUUGGAGCCAGGUCAGCUCCUACAAAUCCAAAACACCGUCAUUGUGCCUGGGAUGAAGGUGAGCACAAGAAGCAUUGUCUCAAGCGUGAAGGUUCUGAGUCUGACUGUGCGUUUUGGAGUUCACAAUAGCGUCAAGAUGGUGCCUGCCUUCCUCAAAUGCUUUCCCAAUGUAGAGAGACUGCAUAUCAUGAGUGAAAAGUGUGAUAAACCCAGUCGUUACCUCAACCGCAAGUUCUGGGAGAUGUCUGGCCCCAUUGAAAAUGUUGCCUCAUGCAUCAAGGUGAUGAGCCUCCGUGAGUUCAGGGGGGAGCCAAGCGGGGUUGGCUUCCUCGAGUUCUUCUUUCAGAGGGCUCGUGUGCUGGAGGUUGCAACAAUUGUGCUGGCCAAUUCAAAGCUCACACCGUUUCCCAAAGAUGAGGUGGUUUCAAAGGUGAGGGAGAUUUUAAAGAAAAGGGUGAGUAAAGUCUCCUCUGAAGUUGACGUCCUUGAGAGUAAUGGUCCUGAAGGUGGUAAACCUUGGAACUUCCAGAAAGGCGCAGAUCUGUCUUGCCAUGACCCAUUUUCGGUGGCAUAGGUUGGUUAUGUGAGUGUAGUUUCUGUGGAGAAAGGGGAACGAUUUCCGAACUAUGAAGCAUGGUCUCUCAGAUUUGUGUUAACAUUAAGCAACGUAUCGGCUUCUGUAAGGCAUGGUUAACUGAUACUACUUGUUUGCCUUUUGAGACAUUUCAUUGCUGCAACUUGUUUCAUUCCUUGCA